AUGAAGGGAGGUGCUGGGGGAUUGCAGGCCAGCGCAUCAAGCAAUCCCCUUGGAGCGGGGCUGAGCAGCGGAGCCAGCAGGGCGAUAUCGCUCUGGCUGGGCGGCUGUGCAGCCUGGGUGUUCAGCAUGGUGGUUCUGGGUGGCAUGACCAGGCUCACGCGCUCCGGCCUGUCCAUGACAGAGUGGAAGUUCACUGGGGAGAGGGCUCCCAGCUCACAGGAGGAUUGGGAGGCACAGUUUGGCAAAUACAAAGCCUCACCCGAGUACCAAAAAGUGAACAGAGGCAUGAGCCUGGAGGAAUUCAAGUUCAUUUAUUGGAUGGAGUACGCGCAUCGGAUGUGGGGUCGCGCGCUGGGCGUCGUGUUUGCGGUGCCGGCAGUCUACUUUGCCGCGCGCGGGUGGGUGAACGGCCCACUCGCGCGGCGGCUCGGCCUGCUCUUUGCCAUGGGCGCCACGCAGGGCUUUGUGGGCUGGUGGAUGGUGCGCAGUGGCCUCCAGGACACCAAGACGGAGUGGGAUGUGCCGAGGGUGAGCCCCUACCGCCUGGCUGCGCACCUGACAUCAGCCGCCAUCAUCUAUGGGACGCUGCUGUGGACGUCGCUGUCCCUGGCCUACCCGACCUCUGCAGCCGCAGCCGUCUCCGCAGACAGCGCCAUGACCGCGGGAGUGAACGCCCUCCGACGAUGGGCGCACCCCGUCGCUGGCCUCAUUGCCAUCACCGCGCUGUCAGCAGGCGCGUUUGUGGCGGGCAUGGACGCGGGGCAUGCGUACAACACGUUCCCUCUCAUGGGAGGGCAGCUAAUCCCCGAGGAGUACUGGGCGCUGCCAGGCUGGCGCAACGCGUUUGAGAACACAGCCGCCGUGCAGCUGCACCACCGCGCGCUCGCGCUAUGCACGCUGGGGGCCGUAACGGCUCUGUGGGCGCGCGCGCGUACUUUGCCGCUGCCGCUGUCCUCCCGGAUGCUCGUGCAUGGCAUGAUGGGCAUGGCUGCUCUGCAGGUGGCUCUGGGCAUCACGACGCUGCUGACCUAUGUGCCUCCCAGUCUGGGCACAGCGCACCAGGCGGGCGCUCUCACGCUGCUCACACUGGCACUGGGAUUGCUGCACACCCUGCGCCAUGGCCCAGUUGCGUCUGCCAAGUUUGGCAUGGCCUCCCAACUGGGCACCCCCGCAGUACUAGCCGCAGUGCUUGCAGUGGGGACAGCCGUCACUCAGUUCUCGUGAUGCCUUCCGAGCUAGCUUGUAGCAUUUCCAUGUCUUGUAUCAUAGGGCCUUCUAGAUUCUUACAUAGAUUACUGACAAUGACUACUUAUUGCCAUAGCGGGGUUCUGUCUUAGAAGCGACUUCUCUAGGAUCCCAACGUCUGCAUACAGAAGGCCUUUUGUUUCCUAUCUAGAUCUCUGAAGAUGGGAUUCUGCAGCAAUUGUGCUGCCAAAACGGGCAAAUGUCUCCUUUCCAGUGAUUUAAGGGGGUGUACUUAAAGCCAGACUUCACCUCAUAAGUGCAGCUUUCUUUGUAAGAAAUUGCAGACUGC